UGUUGUCGUUUUGGAUAACCAGACAUAGACCGCAAAGAACGCUGGGUCUUCCAUUUCGCCAGACCCGUAAAGCGUAUCGGGUAUUUUCAAGAUGGCGGCCGUGGAAGAGGAAGUAGGAGACCACCAAAUGGAGGUUUUGGUUCAAUUUCAGGAUAUAACCGGUAUUGAUGACGUGGAAAAAUGUCGAGCUGUACUUGAGAGACACGAAUGGAAUAUCGAGACUGCUGUCCAAGACACAUUCAAUGAAGCAGAGGGAGGCUUACCUAUAUAUCGACAGAACUCUAGCUCAUCUGAGUCGGAAAGAAAGACUGAGAAUCUAAGACCCACAGAUGAAGAAGACUUGCCAUCUUUGGUAGCUAACAAUCAUGAACAAGCUGUUGUUGCACAUCAAGAAAAUACUGGAAUAUUUCAAUGGAUUUGUGGUCUGUUUCUGUUGCCUGUAACCUUCACCACAAGCAUAUUUUCUGAUAUUUUUAGAUUUGUAGUUGGUCUCAUCUGGCCCACACUUUUCCAACCAAAAACAACACCAUUAGAAGAUGUACUGCGAUUUAAAGAAGAGUUUGAAGCAAAGUAUGGUACUGUACAUCCAACUUUCUACCAAGGUAGCUAUAGUCAGGUACUGAAUGACGCAAAACAGGAGCUGCGUUUUGUUCUAGUUUAUUUGCAUUCUGAUGACCACCAAGACACUCCUGAGUUUUGCAGAUCAACAAUGACUAACCCAGGAUUUCAAGAAUAUGUCAAUGGGAACAUGUUAUUCUGGACAGCUAGUAUAAAAUCUCCUGAGGGGAGCAGAGUAUCUAAUGCAUUGAGGGAAUCCACAUAUCCAUUCUUAGCACUAAUAUGCAGGAGAGAUAACAGAAUGAUGGUUGUGGGAAGAAUGGAAGGCCUGAUGACUGUGGAUCAGUAUGUAGCACUUCUGGCAAGAUUUAUAGAAGACAACGAGCCUGCUCUAGUGGCUGCAAGAGUUGACCGACAAGAGAGAAGUCUGGCCCAGACGCUUCGAGAUGAGCAAGAUGAAGACUAUCGCAGGUCAUUGCAGGCUGACCAGGAAAAGGAAAGACGAAGACGCGAAGAGCAAGAAAAGAAGCAAAAAGAAGAGGAGGCAGAGCGGCGCAAAAAACAAGCUAUCCUGGAAAAGCUCGAGUCUAUAGCACGCUUGAGGGUUGAGAAGCAAGACCAGUUACCGGAUGAACCAGAUGCAAGUAACCCGGAGGCUUUGUGUGUGCGUAUCAAACUUGCAAGUGGCAAACAAUUGCAAAGAUACUUUCUCAAGACACACAAACUUCAGACGCUGUAUGACUUCGUUUUUUGUGACGAAGAUGCCCCGACUGAGUUCCGCCUAGCUUCGCACUUUCCGCGUAAAGUAUACUCGCUAGAGAGCUGUCAGGACGCCACCCUCGAGAGUGUGGGGAUAUGUUCUUCCGCUGCUCUCUUUGUGGAGAACACUGCGGAGGAUAGCGACAGCGACUGACGAGGCGAUUUCCCGAUCAUGUGAAGAGAGCGGAAACAGAAUCACAAACAUACAUUAUCAGAUUAUAGCAGGUGUUCCUGGUGAAAGCGACACGAGAACAACGUUAUUGUAGUUUCGGACCCUUUAUUCGAGUGGGAGGCGUGGGCAGCAAUUGCCGACCAGAAGGCGCAAAAUGUGGUGUUUCCUACGCACAUUCACCGAUUCCUUCGAGACUACUGGUUUUACUUCCAGGACUAAAUGUAUUAUAGCGGCGUAAACGGAGACAUUGAUUUAGUAGCUUUUACUAUUUUUAAUUCCACUUUUCCAAGUGACUUUUUAUGGACUAAGCUGGGAGGUUGAGUUACGUCCAUGUUUAUUCAGUGACACUCGUGCUUUUCACCCGAUUUUUAUUUCAUUUGAAGAUCCUGGUAUUCGGGAAGAAAUCGUGUUUGCGUGUCGUUAGCGGAUGAACCAAUUAGACGCGCGUGUCCUCUAUGGAGCUCGUCGCCAGGCCGCUUUCUUUCCCUUGGCUUACUAUUCGCAUUCAUUUCUGGCGUUUAUUUUUGGGCACUUUUUGAAAACACAUAGUUACACAUCGCCCCACGCCCCCUCCCCCCCCCCCCCCAUUCCUCAACAAAAUCCUGGCAACGUGCCUGAGUAGGCAGAAAUUGUACAUUGCUGAAGUUUUUUAUUAUGUCUGAGAUAAUUCCCUUACUUUACUAGCUACGAUUCAACGAUUCACAUCUAUCUAUGCAUCAUCUAAAAAACUAUUUCUUCAAAACAGAUAUUUUAUUUCCUCCCAGUCAGAUUUCGUUAGUAUUAUUCGAGCUUGGUCGGAGAGGUUGAGUUUUAAAAACAAUUCUCAACUGAAAUUAUUUUUGGGCACUUGCUCAUUGUACUCUUAGUUUUUGAUAAAUAUGUUAAAAUAAAUAUUUAUUAAUCAAA